CAUCGCGAUCCACUCAAAAUCGAAGACAAAACCAAGUUAAAUUACUGGUUUUGCAAUUUCGUUCUAUAAAUAGCGUUGACAUAAGCAGUAACUUUCUGUCGGCGAUAUCAGCCGAAUGUUUCCGAAAACAGUCGUUUCUUUUCGUGAAAAAAGCAUUGUAAUUCCAAUUUUCUCCGAGUGACCUCGGCAGUUUCCGCGCUAACAAAAACUUUGAUGGCGGAAAAGGCCAGUUUUCGCCGAGGACUUACGGUCAGUACCCUUUACGACUUUUACGACAUACCGCAAAUUGGAAGCAAAAGUAAACAAAAAAAUUAAUCGAAAUACUGCUGUCAAAAUUGAACAAUGAAGUUUCUACCCCCAGGGUAUAAUACUAAAGAGCUUGAACAGCCUGCGAAAAACAAAUGGAGGUGGCAAUGGCUGUCAGAAGUCGAUUCGAAGGGUGUGAAAUGGUCCGAUUGGCUCCAAAAGAUAGAAGUAUGUGGUGUGGCUUUUUGCAGUCUGUGUUGGAAAACAAUCAACUACAAAUCAAACGGAAAGAAAGCACUCAAACUUCAUUGCGAAGAUGCAAACCAUCAGAAAAACCAUAGGGUAGUGAAAACCAAUACGGUCCUGCCUGGGUCUUCACAAGCCAGUAAGCAGUCUGAGUCUAUGCUAGACAGGGUCGCCAAGCAACGUGCCAUUACAGCAUCUUUCCUGAGUGAACAUUGCCUGCCAUUCACAUUGGCACCAGGGAAACACUGGUUAAGAUCAAUCUGUGUAGGGGUCUACUGGAUGUGUUUCAAGGGUUUGUGAAACAGUUCCAGAGUGAAAAACCCUUGAUUCACACUCUUCACACUAGAAUGACAGAGGUAGCCACAGAACUGUUGGGAAUGUUUAUGAAACCUGAGAAAAUUCCAGACAGUAUCACUAAGUUGAUGAAAUUAGAUGUCACUGACAGAACUCUCCAGAAACCGGACAGAGGUAUUGGUGUAGGGAAAUAUGCAUAUACGGAACUCAACAAAGCAAGAAUAGACAAAUCAUGCAGGCACUGGGUUCAAAAUCUGUAUGCUAACCUCCGACAUGGGUAUGUCAUGGCUGCCAAAAAAAUGCUAAAAAUGCCAAUUGACAACAAAACACUGCGUUGGAUGACUGCCUUGGACCCAGACUUAGGUAACCACAGUCAAACCUCUAGUGCCUUAAAGCGAUUAGCUAGUUGCUUGCCAAAUGUGUUUUCUGACGAACAGAAUGGGCAUCUAGCUGAAGAGAUUGACAAGUACUGUGUUGAUCCACAAGUGAAGGAUGUGAGGUCGGAGUUCAAUGAGGAGGACAGAAUUGAUACUGGCUUCUGGACCAAAGUGUUCAAAAUAAAAACUUUCACAGAGGUCCGCUACCCAAUGCUGAAGAAGCUUGUUAUGGCUCUACUGACCAUCUUUAGCGGACCUUUGAUUGAAUCCACAUUUAAUAUCAUGGAUGAUAUCAUAGAAAAAGACAGGACCCAGCUAACAGUGGUCAACUAUGAAGCUGUGGCCAUUGUGAAGACUUCCCUAAAGAGAAGAGCUGAAAAAAGCACUAAAAUGAGAGUUAGUAGAAGUAUGAUAAAAGCUUGCAUAAAUGCAUAUGCAUCUUAUCAAGACUAUCUGAAAAUAAAAAGGGAAGAAGUGGAAAAGAAAAGGACAGAGAAAUUGAACAGCUCUAUUCAAAUGCUGAAAUUGGAGAAAGCCAGUAGAAUAGCCAAGUUAGUGAGACUGAAAAACAGAAUAGUCAACAGAAAAAGGAAAGCCACUAGUGGUUCUAGUUGUGGACACCAGUGGAAACGAAUUAAAUCAAUAUAGACAGGCCAUCAAAAAUUCAGUUUAGGGACUCUGAUAUAUUUUGUAAAUGCUUUUAACAAUAUCUUGUAUAAAUUUUAUAUCCACUAGUGAUUCUGUUGGGACACCCAGUGGAAAAGAAAUAUAGGCAGACCAGAGAACAUUUAGUUUAGAGACUUGUAAUAUUUUGUAAAUAUUUUCUUAGCAAUAUUGUUGUAUGUAUUUUAUAUAUGUUUGUGUAUGUACAAGUUAUUAAAUGUGCUGUUUAACUUGAUAAAAAUAUA